GAGAGAGAGAGAGACUUUGAAGCUCAUACAAUACUUCGGUUAAUAAUGGAUAUGAAAGCUAGUAUUCAUAAUUUUUGUGAUGGUGGAGAACCUUUGAAGUUUAAACUUCUUAUUUUAGCAACAAAAAACAAAAGAGUAGAAAAAUGAGUAGUAGCCUUGUGCAAAUCCAAACUUGGUUCAAGAAUCCCGAUUCCACUGGUUUAUGUAAAAACACUUGUAAUUCACACCCAAGCGGAGAAACUAUCUUCACUCUCAAGAGGCAAUUUGAACUCAAACACCAAAUUCAAAUCGUAAAUGGAAGAAGAACUGCUCACGCGGCGCGAAAGGGGAUAAUCUGCAAUGGCUUCUUGUUGCCCGUGGAUCCAUGGGCGCCAAGCAUUGAUUCACAGAGCAUAGCAUCGCAGCUCUUCGCUUUCUCUCUCUUCCCCUAUCUGGGUUUCCUUUAUUUCAUCACCAAAUCCAAGUCUGCCCCAAAACUCACUCUCUUUGGCUUCUACUUUUUGCUUGCUUUCGUCGGCGCUACGAUACCGGCUGGAAUUUACGCAAAGGUGCACUAUGGAACAUCUUUGUCCAAUGUAGAUUGGCUACACGGUGGAGCUGAGUCGCUGCUUUCUCUGACCAACGUGUUCAUUGUUUUAGGCCUCAGAGAGGCUCUUAGGAAAGCUGGAGAUGGGAAUGGUAACACGUCGAAUUUUACCACUGAAGCCAAAGAGGAGGAUAAUUCAUCGGUUAGGUGAUCAAUGUGACCCUUUGGUGCUCACAACCCCAGUAAUGGCACUCUAGCGUGCUGCAAUCAUGUGAAGUUUUAUUUUUAUUCUGUAAUUAAUUCACGUGAUGUCCAUACUUGGGAUGCAUGAGAUCAUGCAAACCACUCUUUCAACUCUGCAAAUGAACUUCUUAGGCAGGGAUCCCAUUUUUCAUCUCUGUGUUAUUCUUCA